AUGCGGACUUUUUCAGCCAGCCAUCAUACUCCGGGAGAUAGUUAUCAUCGACAUGAGCUCCUCCGGAAGGGAAACAUCGUCCGCCGGCAUAACGGACGAUCUAGGUACACGGAAGGGUAUUAUAAUAAUCAUAUUCAUUAUAAUCCUAAUGAUGAUACACUAAAUUCCCUCUUGCGAUGUUCUGAUUCCUUGAGACAAGAUUUAUUCUCCCCUGACCCACCAUCAGGCGAAAGGAAAGGCCCGUCGUCCCGCCGGACACUACGGGCCGCAUCCGGACUGUUAAAUAUCACAGAGACAAAGCGGAACUGUAUAAACCCCAUGAGAUAUGCCCUCCCCCCGACACAGAAUCAAUAA